AUGCCAGGACCCCCGCAAGCACCCCGUAUGUCAGGCCCCAGCCUAGCCGGCAAAUCCACCAGGAGUGGAGGUUUCUCACUACUUGAAAUCAUUAGCGACCCGGAAGCAGAGAUAAAAAACGCGGGCUCAGCCAGAACAUACCUGGACCAGCUCUACAUGGUCCAACGUGAGCCAGCCACACCUGAACACAUCUCACAUGUGCUAUUCUACAUUUCACAAACCAAAGGUGUAAAUAACAUGUUAAGAUCAGCCAUCAGAGCCAUGGCAUAUUUAGUCAUGGAACUAGCAUUGUUAGUGAUAGCUGAAACUGUCAUCAAAGCAGUGUCAAGCAAUAUAGAAAACUCAGUUGUUGCUGCCAUCUCCCCUCAGAUUGCCAAAAUCUUAUCAACUGCUGACAAACUAGAAGAAGUCAAUGAGGAUGCAACCUUGCUAAAUGCCAACUACACCCAAAGAAUGGAGUCAAUCACUAAUAUGACCAAUGGUGCAGACACUCUCUGUCUAGAAGGGGAGGUCCAAAACAUCAUCUUGGACAUAGGCAUGAUGAAGAUGACAAUGGAAGACAUGAAGAACCUGCUCAAGAAUUACAUGCCCCCUGCCACCACCCAUAUGCCAUACAGAGAUGUCCUAGCAACAACAGCAACCAACUCCAACCAGAUCCUGCUAGGCAAAUGCCUCUCACCAGAAUAUGCUAAGGCCCAUGCUGCAAUAGAAGAGAGACAACUACUGAUUGAUCUCAACAGCAACCACCCCACUCUCAGUGACUCCCCAUCAAGGAGCUCCAUCAUAGAAGUGAUCAAAUUGGCCCUAGAAGCAGUAGAGCAAGUUGACAGCCAUGACCUACAGCUCAAAUCAAUCACACAACUACAUAACAAUGGCAUACUCCUAGAACUCAACACCCAGGAAGCCAUGGAUUGGAUCAAAGAACCUGCAAACAAAGCUACCUUCCUUGUGAAACUAGGUGGUGAGGUCAUGAUCAAAAACCAUCAUUACAAUAUAGUGAUCCUGUUCCUCCCUAUUUCAACCAACACAGAGCUCCUGGACACCCUCUGA